AUGAAGAGAGAAAUCAAAAUAUUGAUAUAUGCCAACACGCUGCUGUGGGUCUUCAUAGUAUACUAUACCUUCGACCUAUUAACGCUUAUAAUAGAUAAUACAUUCCAAGAUGCUCUUCUCGAUGUGGAUUUGAAUCCAACUUUGGAACAACAGGCCAUGGAGAUCGAUAAGCCACAACUGAUUCCAAAAAUCAUCCACCAAACAUACAAGACGACAGAUAUACCAGAACAAUGGAAGGAAUCCAGGCAGAAAUGUAUCGACCUACAUCCUGAUUAUAAAUACAUCCUAUGGACGGAUGAAAUGUCUCAUGAGUUCAUCAGGGAGGAAUACCCAUGGUUCUUGGACACUUUUGAAAAUUACAAAUACCCUAUUCAAAGGGCUGAUGCUAUAAGAUAUUUCAUUCUAUCUCAUUACGGUGGUGUCUACAUCGAUCUAGAUGACGGUUGUGAAAGAAGAUUAGAUCGUUUACUUACGGUCCCUGCAUUCUUAAGAAAGACAUCGCCCAUCGGUGUCUCCAACGAUGUGAUGGGGUCCGUCCCAAGACAUCCAUUCUUCCUAAAAGUGAUUAAAUCUUUGAAGCAUUAUGAUAAAUCAUGGUUCGUUCCAUACAUGUCCAUCAUGGCUUCCACUGGGCCUCUUUUCAUCAGUGUGGUAUGGAAACAAUACAAGAGAUGGGGGGUCCCCACCAAUGGCGUAGUGAGAAUAUUACAACCUGCAGACUACAAGAUGCAUACAUAUUCAUUCUUUUCCAUUGCGAAGGGUUCCUCGUGGCAUAUGGACGAUGCUAAAUUUAUGAAAUCGUUGGGGAACCACAUCUUAUCAUGUGUGGUCACCGGUUUCGUAUUUGCAUUUUUCAUUUUGUAUUUGGAGUAUUGUAUUUAUUGUCUGUUAUGUUCUGGAUCCAGUUUAGGGCUCGGAUGGGUGAGUACGCAGUUGUGUAGUUGGUCACAAUGUAUGUUCCAGAAGAGGAAUAAUUAUAGGUAUGGGAAUUUAAUAAGGUAUCGUGGUCGUGCCGGAAGACAGGGAAGGCUGAGGAAGGAUUCCAAUUUACCGUAUCAUAAUCUAGUAUCUGAUUUAGAGAAGAAUACAGAUGGGUUUACUGAUCUAAGUAAUGGUGAAUACUAA